AUGGCCAACGCUUCAUUCCCCGCCGGCGGCGGUCCUCCGACAGGCUCCUUUACCCCGACCCCUAAUAGUAUCAUUUCCCAUCCGCGCCGGUCGUCGUACGCCUCAGUUGUCUCUGGCACCGCCACUGCACAGAUGCCCACAUGGUCUGGAGCUCUGCAAGGACUAGGAACCGCUACGCCCAGCAGCUCAUACCCUCCUCAAUACAAUCGGUUGCCCCGGCAAGGCUAUAGUGUCGAUCUGGGGAUGCAAAUGAACGGUGAUGGAAAUGGAGGAGAUGCCUGGAGAGCUUGCAUUCUCCCAGACUAUUCGCGACAAUACAUAAAAGCCUCGGCGCCUGACGUAGGAUGGCGGACCUUUGCGCAGAAAUCGAAUCAAUUUUUUACCCCGUCGUACCUCAAAAACUCGAAAUAUGUUGCUCGUCUUGCUGCUGCGAACAAGCCAAAGAAUUCGGCGUUCAAGGAUUCCUCUUUAACGCAUUCGCCGAACCCUUCCUCUCUACCCGCAAGCUCCAAUAAUGCCAACCUCCCUCGCAUAGCGCCAUCACACCGCGGGAUGACAUAUGAUAUCAUCGAGAACGAUUCAGGUGACGAGGAGAAACUAUCACCUUUACCUUCGAGGUGGAACGAGGCAGAUAAAUACAGCGGACUUGAUGUGCUGUCAGAUGGGAUGGAGGUCCGAUAUAUGGGUGCGGCGAAUAAACAGGAGCACGAAGCAGCUGCUGUUCGUGCUAAUUUUAUGAUGCCUCCGCAAUGCGGAAUAUAUUAUUUCGAAGUUACCAUACUGGCAAAAUCGUCAGACGGGAUGAUCGGUGUCGGAUUUUCCAACAAAGAUGCGUCUUUGGAGAGACUCCCAGGCUGGGAGCAAGUCUCAUGGGCGUACCAUGGAGAUGAUGGAAAGACGUUUUUUGGGGAUAAUCAGGGGCAGGGAAAGCCCUAUGGUCCCACAUUUGGAAUAGAAGACACGAUCGGCUGUGGAGUCAAUUUUGCAGCGGGUACAGCUUUCUUCACCAAAAACGGAAUAUUUCUAGGAAACGCGUUCCGCGACUUGGAAGCUCUCAAGGUUUUCCCAUCUAUUGGAAUGAAGAAGUAUCCUGGUUGUCACGUCAAAGCAAAUUUCGGGCAAAAUCCGUUUGUAUUUGAUAUUGAUGGAAUGAUGACUCAAGAGAGGCGGAGCAUCCAAGCAGAGAUAGAGGCUACUGAUGUUUCAACACUUAGUCCACCAUUAGACGAAAAGACGCUUCUUCAGGAGCUUAUUGCUCAAUUUUUUGCUCACGAUGGUUUUGUCGAGACGGCUCGAGCAUUCGCCGAGGAGGCAAGAGAUGAAGCAAAAUCACUAGAACAAAAUCGUGCUAAGUCUCUCAAAGACUAUCCUAUCGAAGAUGACGAUGAUGCUAUCAAUAGGCAAAGGAUACGCAAAGCAGUCAUUGAAGGGAACAUUGAUAGGGCACUGGAAUUAAUGAAUACCCAUUAUGGAAGUGUUUUAGACGACAAUCCCCAAUUGCAUUUUCGCCUUAAGUGUAGAAAGUUCAUUGAAAUGGUCCGUGGUUACUCGGAGAUUGAGAAAUUACAACCGGCAAAACGAACAUUUACGUCCAGAAACGAAGGUGUUGGUGACGUCUUCGCGCAGGAUAUGGAAUUGGACGAUCAGAUGCAAGAUGCUUCUGAUAAUGAAGAUAUGGACACGUCCGGACCAGGAUCUAAAGAUUUGUACCAUGCGAAAGCAGCGCUUGAGUAUGGACAGCAGUUGAAAGCAGAUUACAUGAACCACGACAAGAAGCAUUACGAGAAGCCAUUGAAUGAAAUCUUCUCGCUGGUUGCGUACUCAAAUCCAACUUCAUCACCCUACGGCCAUCUACUGGACUUCAGCGGACGCGUGGUGGUAGCAGAGGAACUCAAUGCUGCAAUUCUUGUGUCGCUUGGGAAAUCCUCUUUGGCUGCGUUGGAGCGGCUAUAUGCACAGACUGAAGUGCUUGUGAGCGAGCUCAGUGAGGAUGGUGGCGUAGGGGCGUUUAUCAAUGUUCACGACGACUAUUUAAUUGGGUAA